AUGACUACUCCGAAAUACUUUGAUCCUUGGGCUCGAAGAGAAGCCUGGCGUAAUCAAUUUGGAUUUCGUAACAAUGUAAAACUUUCUUGGCCAGGUCUAUCUUGGGGCAUUGGAGCUUUUAUAAUUUAUCUUGGUUAUGAAACACUUGCAAAUCAUUUUUCUGUUAUGGUAAUUACUGUUUCUGUUGAUUCAGAUGUUGUUGAUGAUUUUGCUACUGCUGCUUUGGUGGUGCAAUUCUUUUAUGAAGAUUUUAUAAGUUGUCAUGGUUGUCCUAAAAUAUUGUUGACAGGCCAGGGAACACAUUUUGUUAACCAGAUGUUGGGUGAAUUAUGCAGAGUGAUAGGAAUAAAACAUAAAUUGUCAUUGGCAUAUCAUCCACAAACAAAUGGAUUGGUUGAAAGAUUUAAUAGGAUGCUUU